AUCAUAUUAGAUUUUCCUUUAGUUGACAAUGUAAUACAUGUUCAGUUACAACUAUUGAAUGUGAAGUGUAAGUUAGUUUCUACUUUUGGUGAUAUGAUUGGAAAUUUGGAAAUUAACUUUGAUGAUGACUUUUUUUUUAUUGUUGAACAAACAAAAAACAUUGUUGUUAUUUCAGCUGACACUUUAGUCUGCAAAUGUAUAUUAAUUAAAAGUAAAUUAGAUACAAAAGAUGUAUUAAUUUUGACACCAUUGAAAGAACUUUUCGAAUAUGCUUAGGGUGGCUAAAUGUAAAUUUUGUAAUUAAUAAAUAUGCUUCACAUCAUGCAUGUGUGUUUUUUUAUACUAACAAACAUUUUUGUUUUUAAUAUUUUGAUAAUUUGAUUUAAAAUAAUUUGAUAAUUUGAUUGAAUUUUUUUACAGGUUUAUAUUUUAUUAAAUAAUGACUUACCCUGAUAGAAAUAGAACAAAGAAAUUAGAUUUUGUAGACACUCAAAAGCUUUCUUCUACGUUUGUUCUUUUAUGGUACAAGGAUUGUGAAAAAGAUGAGCGGCAUACCUCUCCCAUAUCACUUUCAAAUACACUUUUUAAGCAUUAUUCAUCCGUUGAAUGCCUUGAAUUUCAAGUGAAAAAUGUAGUGCAUGUUUCUAUUGCAAAUAUACAACACGCAGCUGUCAUCAUCUAUAAGGGGUCUAUUACCCAAUGCUGUAAAUUUGAAACAUUGCUAGAUAACUUCAUGGACGAUUUUGGUGAUGAAAAUCCUAGCACUGAUGAAGUAAGCAAGUUUGCCCUCAAUUAUAUUGAAGGCAAUACUGACGGAAAAAGAAAACAUUCUGAUGGAGACCAAUCCUCAGAUUCAGAGAAUAUUGCACCGGUCUCAGAACAUACAGGCCUAAACGGACCUAAAUAUAAAUCGACUCCUAAAUCAAAGGUGCUGAAAAAAAAACAUGUAAAUGAAGUGUUGAAUGAAAAUUCAGAAUCAGAGUCCUUUGCAUCAUUUUAUAACAGUCAAAAAGGAUCUAAAAAAAGUGAAGCACAGAUUAUGGCUUUGGAAAAGCGGAAGCUUGACAUGCUACUUGACAAUGUUGAUGCUCCCAGAGCAUUGAUGCUUCCAAUAGUUAGUGAUGUUCCUAAAACAAAACACUGGUUCACCGAAGUUAAGCAAACUAUCUUGUUUAGAAGGUUAGUUACAGUCCAAAAUGUUUACUAAAUCCGAACUUAUCUGUAUUAUACUUUUUAGGCCGUGUAUACUGGUUUUGAUGCCGAAUUUAAAUUGCACGACAUUCAAAAACGAGAACCAUGUAGCUUUGCAAGAAAAUUUAUUUUGUUGCGAUUCGGAAAGGAGUUUACUUGCACGCGUAUUUGUGAACCAAACGGACCUACUGCACGCAUUCAUAUGGAGAAUGAAGAAAUUCAGGAAGUUAAAGGUGCACUUGACAAAGUGUUUACGUCUUACAACUGGCGUGUUGUUCGGGCGAGUAUUAAUCAAUUUUUCCGAGACAAUAAAAGUAGUACAAAAGUUUGAAGACUAAACAAAUGAGUGACAUUUUUCUUGUGGUGUGGGGUUGUCAGCGUUUUUCGCUUAUCCCCCCCCCCCCAUUCUAUCUGUAAUGUGUUUUGUAUGUUUUGUGUGUUAAAUAAAUACACCAUCUUAUUUAUUCUAAA